AUGAGUUUCCGAGUUUUGGACCUAGUCAAACCGUUCGAGCCCUUGGUGCCCGAGGUCAUCGCGCCCGAGCGCAAGGUGCCGUUCAACCAGCGCGUGAUGUGGACCGGCGUCACGUUGUUGAUUUUCCUCGUGAUGUCCGAGGUGCCGCUCUAUGGAAUAGCGUCCUCCGACGGCUCGGACCCCUUGCUCUGGCUCCGCAUGAUGUUGGCGCUGAACCGCGGCACGUUGAUGGAGCUCGGCAUCACGCCCAUCGUGUCCGCGUCCAUGGUGUUCCAGUUGUUGCUGGGCACCAAGUUGAUCCACGUGGACAUGACCAAAAAGGAGGACCGCGAGCAAUUUCAGACGGCGCAGAAGCUCUUUGCCAUCAUGUUGGCCGUGGGCCAGGCCACCGUGUACGUGUUGACCGGGAUGUACGGGCCGCCGCGCACCUUGGGCACGGGCGUGUGCUUGUUGUUGGUGUUGCAGUUGGUGUUUGCGGGCAUCAUUGUCAUUUUGUUGGACGAGUUGUUGCAGAAGGGCUACGGGCUCGGCUCCGGCAUCUCGUUGUUCACCGCCACCAACGUGUGCGAGCUGGUGAUGUGGAAGGCGUUUGCGCCCACCACCUCGGCCUCCGGCAAGGGCGCGGAGUUUGACGGCGCGGUCGUGGCCUUGUUCCACUUGUUGGGCUCCCGCAAGGACAAGAAGCGCGCGCUCUUGGAGGCCUUCUACAGACAGAACUUGCCCAACAUGCUCCAGGUCUUGGCCACCGUGCUCGUGUUCUUCGCCGUGGUGUACUUGCAGGGCGUGCGCGUGGACUUGCCCGUGACUUCCGUGAGACAGCGGGGCGCGUAUAUCAUGUACCCGAUCCGCUUGUUCUACACGUCCAACACGCCCAUCAUGUUGCAGUCCGCGUUGUCCUCCAACAUCUUCCUCAUUUCGCAGAUGCUCUUCAUGAGAUGGCCCAACAACCUCUUUGUCAAGCUCUUGGGCUCCUGGGGCGCCCGCGGCGGCUCCUCCCAAUUAUACGCCACCAGCGGCUUGUCCUACUACAUCCAGCCCCCCACCUCGUUCGCCGAGGCCUUGGUGGACCCGGUCAAGACCGUCAUCUACGUCACCUUUGUCUUGGGCUCGUGCGCCGUGUUCUCCACCACCUGGAUCGAGAUCAGCGGCACGUCCCCCAGAGACGUGGCCAAGCAAUUCAAGGACCAGGGGCUCGUCAUUGCCGGCUACAGAAGCACUUCUGCGUACAAGGAGUUGAAGAGAAUCAUUCCCACCGCCGCGGCCUUGGGCGGUGUGGCCAUCGGUGCCUUGUCGGUCAUCAGCGACAUGGUGGGCUGCUUGGGAAGCGGCACGUCCAUCUUGUUGAGUGUCACCACCAUCUACGGCUACUAUGAGUUGGCCGUCAAGGAGGGCGGCUUCUCUAAGUCCGUCGUCAGCGGCUACGUGGACGGUAUUUGA